AUGAUCGCUUCAUAUGGCGGGAAGCCAGGCUUUCGCGCCAUCUCCCUGAUCUUGCUCGUUGUAGCAUUCUUUGCCGGUGCUAGUCUUGCUUCUACAGGCGACCAGCUGCCCGAAUUCCGGCAAUGUCUUGACAUCUGCCAAGCCGAAAACUGCGCUCCCGGCAAGGCUGCCACCCCCAUCCCCGCUAACGAGAAUCUGCCAGCCUUGUCCCGCCGCCUCCUCCUCUGGAACUGCGCCUCCGAAUGCGACUACACCUGCCAGCACAUCAUCACCGGCGCGCGCGUCGCCUCCGACCUCCCCGUCGUCCAGUUCCACGGCAAAUGGCCCUUUUACCGCUUCGUCGGCAUGCAGGAGCCCUUCUCCGUGCUCUUCUCGCUCGGCAACUUCUGGGCGCACUGGCAGGGCCUCAAGAAAGUGCGCGCCCUCAUCCCGGCCGACUACUCGCUGCGGCCCUACUAUGAGCUCUUCUCCUACUUCGGGCUCGCCUCGUGGGUGUUUAGCUCCGUCUUCCACACCCGCGACUUUGCCGUCACCGAGCAGCUCGACUACUUCGCCGCCGGCGCCAGCGUGCUGUAUGGCAUGUACUAUACGUUUGUGCGCAUCUUCCGCCUGGACCGCCCGACCCCGCGAAGACGCUCCGUCCUGCGGGCGUGGACGCUGCUCUGCUUUGUGCUGUACGCUUGCCACGUCGGAUAUCUAAAGGGCGUGAGCUGGGACUACACGUACAACAUGGCCGCCAACGUGGUGCUCGGCGUCAUCCAGAACGCCCUGUGGAGCUGGUUCAGUUUCGACCGCUACCGCAAGUCCCGCCGCGUCUGGGCCAUGUGGCCCGGUCUGGCUGUGGCCUGGGUCAUGUUUGCCAUGAGCAUGGAGCUGUUUGACUUUCCGCCUUGGCUGGGCUGCAUCGACGCUCACAGCUUGUGGCACCUGAUGACGAUUGGGCCGACUAUUCUCUGGUACAAUUUUCUUGUCAAGGACGCCAACGAUGAUAUUGCUGGAAGCGAGAGAUUAAAGGCCUAA